UUUGCGGAGAUCUGAAAAUUUUAACCAUUAUCCUAGGCCAGCAAUCAGGUUUCACAAAAAAUCCCUGCUUUUUAUGUUUGUGGGACAGUAGGGACAGGACAAAUCACUACGUACAGAAAGAAUGGCCUAAUAGAACAGACUUUCAUCCAGGAUCAAGGAACAUCAUACGCAAACCAUUAACUGAUCCUUCGAAAAUUCUGCUACCACCUCUUCAUAUCAAGCUUGGUCUCAUGAAGCAGUUUGUGAAAGCUCUGAAUAAAGAUGGUCAGUGUUUUCAAUAUUUAGGAGAUAAGUUUCCCGCGAUAA